ACCAAAACAGAAAACUCAAAACAGUUUGUACCUGCAGCCUGCUGGGUGAAGUUAGUGAUUGUGUUUCGUGUCAUUAUCUAAAAUUGUUUUAGGUUAUUCUUGUGAACGCCCACCAAUUUAUUAAUAUUCUACACAAUGACGGAUUCCAAAUACUUCACUACCACUAAAAAGGGUGAGAUAUUUGAGCUCAAAUCAGAGCUCAACAGUGAUAAGAAGGAAAAGAAACGGGAAGCUGUAAAGAAGGUAAUUGCUUCUAUGACGGUAGGCAAGGAUGUCUCGGCUCUAUUUCCGGACGUUGUAAAUUGUAUGCAAACUGAUAACUUGGAAUUGAAAAAACUGGUCUACUUGUAUCUAAUGAACUAUGCAAAGAGCCAACCAGACAUGGCUAUUAUGGCAGUUAACACAUUUGUUAAAGAUUGCGAAGAUGCUAACCCAUUGAUCCGAGCUUUGGCUGUUCGUACUAUGGGCUGCAUAAGAGUCGACAAAAUUACUGAAUAUUUGUGCGAACCUCUACGUAAAUGCCUUAAAGAUGAAGAUCCAUAUGUGAGGAAGACUGCUGCAGUAUGUGUAGCCAAACUGUAUGAUAUCAAUGCUCAGCUUGUUGAAGACCAAGGAUUCUUGGACCAGUUGAAAGAUCUGCUUUCUGAUUCUAAUCCAAUGGUCGUUGCAAAUGCAGUGGCAGCUCUGUCUGAAAUGAAUGAAGCCAGUACUAGUGGCUCGCCUUUGAUUGAAAUGAACGCACAAACAAUAAAUAAACUUCUCACCGCUUUGAAUGAAUGCACAGAAUGGGGCCAGGUGUUCAUAUUAGACUCGUUAGCCAACUAUAGUCCUAAGGAUGACAGAGAAGCCCAAAGCAUCUGUGAGAGAAUCACUCCAAGAUUAGCCCAUGCCAAUGCUGCAGUUGUUCUUUCUGCAGUCAAAGUUCUCAUGAAGUUUAUGGAAAUGCUUGCAUCUGAAUCUGACUUUGUUUCAACUCUGACAAAAAAAUUGGCUCCUCCGCUAGUUACCUUACUCUCUUCCGAACCUGAGGUUCAAUAUGUUGCAUUGAGAAACAUCAAUUUGAUCGUUCAGAAGCGUCCUGACAUUCUAAAACAUGAGAUGAAGGUAUUUUUCGUCAAGUACAACGAUCCCAUCUAUGUGAAGCUUGAAAAACUGGACAUAAUGAUCAGGCUGGCGUCUCAGAGCAACAUUGCACAGGUUCUGUCUGAGCUGAAGGAGUAUGCGACUGAGGUGGACGUUGAUUUCGUGCGCAAAGCAGUGCGCGCCAUCGGCCGUUGCGCGAUCAAGGUGGAGCAGUCAGCUGAGCGCUGUGUCAGCACUCUGCUCGACCUCAUCCAGACCAAGGUCAACUAUGUGGUGCAGGAGGCCAUAGUCGUCAUCAAGGACAUCUUCCGCAAGUACCCCAACAAGUACGAGAGCAUCAUCUCGACCCUCUGCGAGAACCUCGAUACACUCGACGAGCCUGAGGCCAGAGCCUCCAUGAUUUGGAUCAUUGGUGAGUACGCGGAACGAAUCGACAACGCAGACGAGCUGCUGGAGAGCUUCCUGGAGGGAUUCCACGACGAGAACACACAGGUGCAGCUGCAGCUGCUCACCGCCAUCGUCAAGCUCUUCCUCAAGCGACCCUCCGAUACACAGGAGCUCGUGCAACAGGUUCUGAGCCUGGCCACCCAGGACUCGGACAACCCGGACCUGCGCGACCGCGGCUUCAUCUACUGGCGACUGCUGUCGACCGACCCGGCCGCCGCCAAAGAGGUGGUGCUCGCCGAUAAGCCUCUCAUCUCCGAGGAGACCGACCUGCUCGAGCCAACCCUGCUGGACGAACUCAUCUGCCACAUCUCCAGCCUGGCCUCUGUCUACCACAAGCCGCCCACCGCAUUCGUCGAGGGCCGCGCUGGCGCCGGGCUGCGUCGCUCGUUGCCCAAUCGUGCCGGCUCGCAGGAAAAUGUACGUGAAACAGCAGCCGAAGCUUCGGUGAUUCCGACGCAGGAAUCACUGAUUGGCGACCUUCUGAGCAUGGACAUCAGUGCCCCGACCGUGAUAUCGACGCCCACACCGGCAGUCGACCUGUUGGGCGGUGGGCUGGACACCCUGUUGGGUGGCGAUGUGGGCACAGCGGCGCCACCCAUCAACCAGUCGACCACGGGCCUGUUGGGUGACAUCUUCGACUUCACUCCCACACCCACCAUGUACAUGGUGCCCAAGAUCAUGUGGCUGCCCGCCGACAAGGGCAAGGGGCUGGAGAUCUGGGGCUCCUUCUCCAGGAAGGGCGGCCAGAUAUUUAUGGAGUUCACCUUCACCAACAAAGCCAUGCAGGCGAUGACCGGUUUCGCGAUACAGUUGAACAAGAACAGCUUCGGGUUGACACCUGGUAAACCCCUUCAGGUGCUCUCCCCUCUGCCACCAGGUGCCACCCAUGAAUGCUCCCUGCAACUGGCUACAACCGGUGGAGUCCAGAGGAUGGAGCCCCUCAACAACCUACAAGUAGCCAUCAAGAACAACAUCGACGUAUUCUACUUCGCUUGUCUGGUUCCGAUGAACGUCUACUUUGCCGAGGAUGGACAGAUGGACAAGCGACUGUUCCUGUCCACCUGGAAGGAGAUCCCCGCCCAGAACGAACUGCAGUACACGUUGACCAAUCUCAACCUGAACGCAGACGGCAUAGUGCAGAAGAUGCAGCAGAACAAUGUGUUCACAAUUGCCAAGCGUAACGUUGAGGGACAGGACAUGCUCUAUCAGUCCUUGAAACUCACCAACGGCAUCUGGGUUCUGAACGAGCUCAAGAUCCAACCUGGCAAUCCGAAUAUCACCCUCUCGUUGAAAUCCCGGGCGUUGGACGUUGCCGCUGGAAUAUUCCAGUCCUAUGACAACAUUUUGCACUCGUAAGAAAAAAACUUUACUCAUCAUGAAAUCACUACAUGAGAUGAUUAAUAUAUAUCACUAUUGUAUUAAACUUGAGAUACAUUAUAAGAUGAUACUCACUUUCUUUUUAGGGCUACUGAAAUAAUUAAAACACAUUAUCAAGUACCCUUUUAGUUUCAACACUUCAAGAGCCAUUUUCAAGUGUAAAUGAACAUGGUUUACACUUGAAAGAGUCAAGUACAUCCAUAGAGAAACAAUAGCGUAAGUAGAUAUUCCAUGGUAUAGGGCGUUUAUGUUGCAAUUUUUACUGUUAUUUCAAGCCGAUUACUGUCGAUUUUUACUGUUUUGUUGGGGUGAAAGUGUAUGAACGGCACAGUAUGAGAGACUACCAGCGUCACACAGCUUCACGGGAAAGAACUACGUGGACAGUAAAAGUUGCGACAUAAACGCCCUAUACCAUGGGAUAUCUACUUACGCUAUAAUUUCUCUAUGGUACAUCAUAGUAUAACUAGUUGUGUUGUGAUAAAAUAAAAGGAUACUUGAUAACUUUUGUGUAUCAAUAAUAAGAUAAAUAGCAAAAUGAUUAAAUUAUUAGAUAAUAGUGUUGUGCUAUCAUUGUUUUGUUGUAGAGAUUAUUUUGAAGUUUUGUUAGCUAAACUAAAAGAUUGGCUGGACUAUAAUAGAAUAAUAUUGUACCCCAAUACUCUACCAGUGUACAACAUGUAUCAUUCCACAGUUAGUUAAAUUAUAUUAUAUGUAAUGAUAUUUAAUACUAGAAUAUGCCCAACAGUGUUUAGUAAGUUAUAAUUUAUUUUUGUUGUAGAUGUAUUUAUUUUUACUCUAAAUUGUACAGUGUCUCCACUGUAGGACACUUAAAAUUGAUAUUAUUAUGGUAAGUUAUAAUAUUGUAAUAAAGAUAUUGAUGUUAGA